AUGUUCACAUUGACCGAUAAACCGUCGAACAGGGCGAUCAUCUUACUCCGCGCUUCGGGCAAACGAGUGGCGACAAUGGCUACUCCAAAACUUUUGAACACUCUCCGAAACGGCCAGACCGCAAUGACGACCUUCUUGGCAUUAAAAGGCGUGAGGCAUGCUCAAGUCGUGGCCCACACAGGACUAGACGCGGCUAUCAUAGAUCGGGACGUCGUAGCCAGUGCUGGAUCCUCGCCCAUUGUCCGGAUUCGUGGGCCGUCAGCGUCGUUGGUGAAGAGAGCCCCUGACACGGGUGCACACGGUGUUCUUGUUCCGAUGAUCAACAUUUCUCCCACCGGCGUGCAAGGUCGAGGUUCUGCUUUCGCAGCGUUCGAGCAUGGGCUGUCAACACCUGUCGAGUAUGUUGCAUCAGCGAACGACAGUGUCGUGGUCAUGCUUCCGAUCGAGUCGAUUGAAGGUCGUAAUGAUGUGGAUGAGAUCUGCCAGGUCCAAGGUGUCGACAGGGUCUUCAUCGGACCUAACGAUCUUGCGCUUGCAUUGCUGGGCUCCACACCUGCGAAGUACACCGAGGCCAAAUUCCUGGCAGCCAUUGAUAAGAUCGUAGGAGCAGCUCGAACACACGACAAGGAGGUUGGUAUGCUUGUCGCGGACGGAGAGCAAGCAUGUGCAGCAAAGGAGCGCUUUGACUUGAUCGCUAUUGGCACAGAUGUUCGUGCAAUGCAGGCACUCUAUCGUGCAGCACUCGAGAAGGCUAGAUCAUGA